CUGCGAUCUUAUUCUCUGUCGCGUCUGUCCUACUGGUUCGUGCUGUCUGUUUGUGAGCAACCCUUGCUAUACUGCACAAAGUCAUCUCUAUCGCUUUUGGAGCCGUUUGUUCUCAUUUGCAUUAACUGUAAUCCUGAAUCGAUACGACGACAUUUGUUCAGCGGACUUUCAAGAACGGGCUCCAAGCAUGAUUCCUAUCAAGCCUGCGCUGCAUUCUCCUGGUUCUCCGAGCUCUUGUUUUGCACAUUCGAGCCCUAUGCGUGUACCGCUCAACCUUGGUCACUGCGAGGAUGACGAACUUGAAAUGCCUGAAGUGCAAGAACAAGGUCCUGCAUCUAGCUCUCCUAUUGCUUCCUCACCUGCUGCGGUAACUCCUCCAGACUAUGCUGAUGAAGACGAAGUAAAGGUGGCCAGUUCGCCAUUCCUGUCGGCUAUAUGCGUAACCAAGAUUGCUCCAGACGAGUCAUUUGGUCAAAAAGAGACGCAUAUACUCACUGAUUAUAAUGCUGGAAAUGGUCGGACGCUGUCAGCUUUGAAACUUGAAGCCAUUGGAAAUGCAACGCAGGAGCCUCAGCUUGCCGCAACUGAUGAGCUAUGUUCAUCUGUCUCGUCAUCUUCGAGUUCCCCAGACUCCUUUGUCAUCAAACUCCAUGAGUUGCUUCUUGUUGUCCAGCAUGAACAACAGGCAACGGAAGACAAAGCAUUACCCUCGGCUAGUAUCCGCCACGACUGCACGCCACCUCAGGUCGAUGGCAAUCCAGGAGGUUCUGGUCUGUCUCACAUGCAAGAUACCGCGUCUGCUAAUGUAUCUCGCGGGCUCUCUGGCAUACUAUCUGCGCCUCGCUAUGUCCUUCGUACUUUAGGUGACUCUGUCGCUUCUGUUACUUUCAGCUCUGACGAGAAGACUGCCGCUUCUGAGGUUUUGUCUGGUUCUGCUGGCUCUACUCUUCCCAUCAACUCUGUUGCUGAUGUCCAAGAUGCCCAUUCUCAAUCUCCUGACUAUUGGACUUACUUCCAAUCCCCACCACAAGACAUGUGCUGUGAAAUGAACAUUACACCAUCAGGAAAUGAACAUGAGUCUCCUGCAUAUACCCGCCACGAAGACUCGGUGGAACGUCAGCCAUUGUGUGAGGGAUCUUCUAACCCAACGAAGCGUCGACGGUCAAUUCUGCGUCAUUACGAACUCCCUAGCACAUCUGCUACCUCCGCUUCUGGUCGCGACUUACAAGCCCGAACGACAGGCACUCCCGGAUCCGAGCCAAAGAACAAGAAGCGCAAGGUUCACACGGUCGGGUCACGGUUCUUCUCCAGGAAUGCACCAGCCAGCGACCAGGAAGCUGCAACGGAUCUGGCAAAGACGAGACACGGCUCAAGCAUGCAACCAAAGCGCAUAUAUGCGCAACGAGCUGCCAGUCUGCGGCGUGCAGACUCGCUGAGAUCCGAGGCUUUGUACGAAAGAAGCGCACAGCAUGAGAUCGAGAGCUCUCGUUCAACCAGCGUAGUUUCUCCCUUAUCUGUCGUCCCCGACAUCCCAUCUCGAGGCUCCAUCUCAGUCGACGGCAGCACCCCCAGUCCUAACACCGCAUCAUCCUACGGAGGAUACGUGCCUACGGAACCAGCCACUCCCGUAUUCCAUCGUCAUCGCCGGAGAGGGUUAUCUCGUGCAAAGCCUACUCCCCCGCGCUCGCCAUUCCCGUUGCCACUCCCGAUCAUCGCCCCGCCGGCGCUGGAGCUGAUUCCGCGGGCUCCGCUCUCGGUCGAAGAUGCUGCUGAACGCAGGAUCAGAAUAAUGCUCGAGAAGGAGAGAGCCGAGCGCAUGGCGGAUGGGCUUGCUGCCAUGGGGGAUGUGGCGAGGUCGAGCGAAAGUUUGGAAGCAGAGGCAGACUUGAAAGCACACAAUCGCCUUCUUCUCAGAAAUCUGCAGCCAUGCAGUUGGAUGGGAAGGAGAAAGACGCAACGCUGGUCAGCAAAUUCGGCCCAGUCAAAAAUCUGGGGUUACAGGAGGACCUUCGCGUUGAUGUCAUCGACUGGAUUCUGGAUGUAUUGCCUGCAGAACCUCCUUCCCGUGCUAUUCGUGCAGAUCUGCGCGAACAGCUUCAAUCGUCGGACGAAACGCGGUGGCAUGCUGCUCAUUUGUUCACUCGGGUUUUCUAUCGUCUAGGCACUGCCUUGGCCUCGGCUUCCGACGGGAAGGAGGCGGUGCUCGCCGGCGAGGGCAGCGAGGCCAUCAUUUGGGACGUC